GUAACUUUCUCUUUAAACUGUCUCCAUACUACCUCAUUCAGAAACAUUCAAUAUUAGGUUUUGAUCAAAGCAAGAGUCACUUUUACCGUUAGUUAUUGUUUUCUGAUAAAUUGGUGUUGUGGAUUUAUUAUGCAUUUGUGAUUCGAAUUAUAAAAUGCAUCUAAAAAUACCAGUGCUUUUGAUUUGUUAUGUGCUGUCACUAAUGUGUGUGUCAGGAGCACCCAGUCCAGAAGAACCUCUGUUCGAACUUCCAGUACAACUUGUGGGAUUUCCAGUCAUCAUCGCAGCUGUCAGAGUUUCGAAUUUUGUCAAGAAACUCGCCUACUCUCUCAGUCCAGAAACCUACAGAAGUCGUUCGAAACGUGAUUUACUGCCAUUCAUCAAUCAAGACCAAUAUGACAUUGACGAAAUUGAGAAAAGAAUUGAAGAAGAAUUUGGAACAUCUGUUUGCAUAUACAGUAAUAUUUGUGAAAAAUAUGCAAAGCUUGCCCUCGAAAAUGAUCAUAAAAAACACAAUCUAGAUUGGAAUUUUAUUCUUAGACGCUUAAAAACAUCAUCAAAAAGAGAGAGAGACAAUUAUCUUUUGAGUGUAUUCCUUGGCGAUAUUAUUGGCAGUCCAAAGUUUUGUCAUCAACUGGCAAAACAAAAAAAGAUAUGUGUUGAAAAAAUUUUAUAGUACUAAUAGUUGCACUUAGCAAUUAAUCUUUGUAAAAAAAGUAUAUACAUAGAAAAAAGCCAAAUAUAAAGUUUAAAUUACGUUUAAACUAUAAUCUUAUAUGAAAUGACACUUGUAUGUAUUAUAAUUAAUCAUCACAGCAAUUCUUAUUAUUAAAAUAUAAAUAAUAUUAUAAACGUCA